AAGAGAUAACAGGUAGUUAAUUAAAGAUAAGAGUGUGUUUGGACUGAUAGUAAGGCAGUAAUCCAGCACAGGGAGGAGAUUAUCACUUCUUCAUACUUCAGGUUGUGGCCGUGAGAGAGGCUCGUAGUGAGGCUCGUAGUGAGGAGAUGACAGCUCGAAACAAGCGCUGCUAGCUCACAGGUCGGACUGCUGGAGGGAAAUCAGACUGAGAGGAGUGAAGAAGAGAGAGGAAGAAGAGUCAGCUCACAAUGUUUAGGGGUAAAGCUUUGGCUCAAUGUGGGCUGGUGCUGCUGAGUUUGUGGCUGUGCAUCCAGUCAGUGCCGAUCAGUGUGGACAAGGGGAAUGAGAAGCCUCAGGAGGAGCUGGAGCCGCCACAGAGUGCUGAAACAGGGCUGCACUACGACCGCUACCUCAGGGAAGUCAUUGAGUUCCUGGAGAAAGACCCACACUUUAAAGAGAAGCUCAAAAGCGCCAACAUGGACGACAUCAAGAGUGGGAAACUUUCCAAAGAGCUGGACUUUGUUCACCACAACUUUCGGACUCGGCUGGACGAGCUGAAGCGGGAGGAGAUGGCCCGGCUGCGGAUGCUCAUCAAAGCCAAACACGACAUGCAAGGGGGGAGAGGCUGGAAAGUGGACCACCAGGCUCUGCUGAAACAGUUUGAGCACCUCAACCACAUGAACCCGGACACGUUUGAGGUGGACGACCUGGACCGCCUCAUCAAAUCGGCGACCAAAGACCUGGAGAACUACGACAAGGACAGUCACGAUGAGUUCAAGAAGUACGAGAUGACGAAGGAGCACGAGAGGAGGGAGCGCCUGAAGGCCCUGAACGAGGAGGACCGCAAGAAGGAGGAGCAGCACUACGAGGAGAUGAAGAAGAAACACGCCAACCAUCCAAAAGUUCACCACCCUGGCAGUGAAGACCAGCUGAAGGAGGUGUGGCAGGAGGCUGACGGUUUGGACCCUAUGGACUUCAAUCCAAGGACUUUCUUCACACUGCACGACAGCAACGGGGACGGCUUCUUGGACGAGAGCGAGCUCGAAGCUCUCUUCACCAAAGAGCUGGAGAAGGUGUACAACCCUGAAAACGAAGAAGACGACAUGAUGGAGAUGGAAGAAGAGAGACUACGAAUGAGAGAGCACGUCAUGAAUGAGGUGGACACCAACAAAGACAGACUCGUGUCUCUGAAUGAAUUCAUGGCAGCCACCAAGAAGGAGGAGUUCACAGAAAAGGACGAGUGGGAGACUUUAGAUCAGAACCCCAUGUAUACGGAGGAGGAGCUGCGAGAGUACGAACAGCACCUGGCCAACGAGGAGAACGACAUCAACGAGAAGACGGUGGAGCUGCAGAGACAGAAGGAGGAGCUGGAGAGGAAACAGGAGGAACUUAAUGCUCAGAGGUUGGGGCUCCAGCAGGCGGUCGAGCAUAUGGAGAAGACAAAAGCCCUCAACAUGAAACCUGAAGUGAACCAGGCCGGCGUCCCCGUAGCUGAAGCAGACCGUACUCCAGGCGUCAGUCAACCCGUGCAGGACGUCCCAGUGCCGGGCCACUCUUAGCAGGACCCUUUAACCCCUCUGUGUGCCGUGUGAGUGACUGUGAGCCUGUGUACACGUGUGCUUGCCUUCUAAUGACUUUAAAUUUGACUGUUUUGUUGAGGAUUGUAAAAAAAAUACUACUACCCCAGCGUCCUGUACGCUGCACUGAACGGAGCUGAGGCUGUGGCGCUGGUCCAGAUUCUCUCGUGGACAAUCAAUCUUUUUGUUUCCUUUGGUUUUGAUCUUUUAACCCUCGUGGACUUUGAUCCGCGGGGGGAAGUACUUUGUGGUGAAAUAGGGAAGGCUUUUGGCCUGAAUGUUUUGAAGAGUAGACACUGUAGUUUAUCGCCUCCUUUUCUUUUUGAAGUGAAGCGUAUUUAUUUAUUCCUGCAAAAGGAGCUUAAAAUCAGAGCAAUGAAUGUCAGAAAGUUUACUGUAGCCGUUAAGGAGGGCCGCUGCCUCAUGAAGGAAAUGGCAGGAUGUGGAUUAGAGCAAGUUUCAGAACGUAAUCAUGAAACAGUCAAAUCUGAACGCAUAAAUUAACGCUCCAUGCUCAGUUUUACUGCCGUUUAUCUUUUAACUUUAACAUUUCAAAACUGCAGUUUCAGUUUUACCCACAAUCCUUUGCACCAAACAAUUUAACUUUCAAGCUCUAUUUUUUAUACAAAGUUACGCCUACAGAUUGAGUUUAAUUGCUCUGGAUUAAUUGACUGAAGAGAAUAUUCUUUUACAGAUGACGUUACAUAGAGUUUAUAUUUUGAUGUUUUAAUUGAAUAUAAUUGUUCCUGUGUUAGCCUAACAGUCGUGUGGAUGAAGUGGUUGUACGAGUGUGUUUCAUGAUACUUUUGUUUAUUUAUUUUGUCCACUGAUGAACUCUCACUGAGUCUUUAACUCUGGCCAAUCAUGCACAUGCUACAAGAUUAUAUAUGAAGAUGAUUAGUGAUACAAAGAAAAGGCCAGUUUGCAUCAUUUCAUUUUCUGUCCCUUUCAAAUUGCAGCUAAAUUUGUGUUCCAGUGAAUUCCCUGAUCUAAUGAAACUGUUGUGUAAGGUUUGAAUGUGGAUAAUAAAGUGAAUGAGCUUGCA